AUGCAGCAGCAACGACGUAACCUCCCCGGUCGCUGGGCUGCGGAUUCUCUCACCUCCGCAUCUUACUCUGUCCUCAAUCUAUCCUCUCGGCUCUGUAUUCGAUUGCCAUACAAGGCUGAAGACGUGGCCCCUUCGGAGGCAUACCUCGUACCUAAACACGUCCACACACGGACGAGACAAGAGAUGGACUAUUCUAGUAUCUCGAACGACCCUGCGGGCACCUCGCCCUGGGCUUCCCCUCGACCUACCGAAGCGACCUACACCCCGUCUGCUACCAGUGACAUCCCGUCGUCGCCAUUAGCCCCACAAAAUCAUUCUCCGUACGAUGCCGACGCCGAUACACAUCCUACAGGCCCUUUAGAAUCCAGGGCACCUGCUGAGAGCGGAGAUGGCUCACCGAGCUUAGCGGAGCGUGUGCAGAACACUCAUAUAGGCGAACACGGUUACGGCGCGGGGCAAGCUGGUUCCCCGACUCAACCCCGGUCACAGCUCCCCGCGCGGUAUCAAACAGGGGCUAGGCAGAAUGCUCGACAACCGGCCCCAGUGUACAAAAUUCAAGCUAAGAUAACUGGCCUCGAAAGAACGGGCAAGAAGGAUCCUAUUCUCCGAUUUGAUGUGCAUACCAAUAUCCCCAAGUUUAGAACCACCCAGUACCGCGAUGUUAGGCGAACACAUUCGGAGUUUGUCAAACUCGCCGAUCAUCUGAUGUCGGCCAACCCGGAAGCACUUGUACCCGCCGUGCCUCCGCCGUUGACUCCCGCGGGAGCGGGGACCGACGAGGACGAAUUCCGAGUCAAGGCGUCUAUGCAGCGAUGGCUGAACGUAAUUAUGAACAACGAGGUUCUAACCCAGGAUGAUGAGGUGGUCCUUUUUGUUGAGAGCGAUUUUGGCUACAGCCCGGUUGUCCGCAUGAAACAGCCAGCUACAGGUGUCCGGAGAAAGGUCCUGAAGCAGUUCGCGCCCCCUCCAGACGACACACCGGAACUACAGAACGCGCGGCCUGUUGUCAAGAUGUUCUAUCUUAGUAGCAUGGACGCGGGCCAUAAAGUCGAUCGCGUCGUUAAGGCUCGACGGGGUUUGGGUCUUGCGGAGUCGGACUUUGGUGUAAAGGUUGGACAAAUGCAUGUCCAAGAAACUCACCCUGGUUUAUCCAACGCUUAUCGGAAGCUUGGGAAGGUCAUCCAGACGGUUGGCGACUACCAUGCAGUUCAGGCGACUGCGGAAGCGACCACUCUCGGCGACCCUCUCAGCUACCACUCCUCCGAUGCCUUCAUUGUCAAAGAAACCCUCACCAACCGCCACAUCCUACUCCGGGAACUUCUCCAAGCCCAACAAGCCACCCGCAGCAAACGUGCAGCGGCCGACCGAUUGAAGGUUAGCUCCUCCGUCCGCCCCGACAAGGUCGACGAAGCGAUCAACGCCCUCGAUGAAGCGCAAAGCCACGAAGACUACCUUACUAAGAAGACUCAACGUGUAACAUCCAACCUCCUAAGCGAAAAACGCCGCUGGUUCGAGCGUACCUCCAACGACCUCUGGCUUGCACUACGCGAAUACACCCUCCGCCAGAUCGAGACUGAGCGCCGGACUCUUGCUACCCUUGAGAGCGUCCGGCCCGAUAUCCGCUCCAUUGACGCCUCCGGUGGUUUGAGCCGUCUUGGCCGUGAAAGCCAUCCCACCGCCCGCCGCACCAACUUGGCGUCUAGCCAGGGUCCCAAAGGGGACGCGUGGAGUGGAAUUGCGCGCCGUAGUGACAGCAUGGGACGUAGCAUGAGCGGCAGCUUUGUCGCGCCGGCCCUAGAAGAGGACGAGGAAGCGAAUGGACAGGGGGCCAAAGGUCGCUUGCGCUCGCCCAGUGGUGUGGGUUCGAUUGCCGAGGACGACGAAGAUCGACUCGAUGCCCGGAAUGCCGCUAGCCGGCUAGCUACGAGUACCUUCUAA